CCUUUCGCUCUCUUCCAUGUCCUGUUCCAAGCUGACAAACAGGAGAGAGAAGAGGGACAGCCGGGACAAGGAGAGAUCACCUACCACACUUAAACAGUACUACCCUGGUUGUUCAAUAUCUGCUGUCAUUCACUUCAUGUUUGAGGGAGAGCUAACACAUUGUUAAAGCUCAAUGUGUGGGUUCUCAAACCUGUUGUCCGACAUUUGAUGAUCUUUGUCUGUAAGAACAAUUACAUGAAGAUUCACUACCUGGGUCUUAAAAAUGGAAGCUUUAACAAAACCACACCAAGAAGUUAUCAUUGAUGUUGAUGGAGAAGAACAAGUAAACCAGACAGAUAAUGAGGAACAAGAAGGCAGCAGUAGGCGUUCCUCUUCUUCAACUGAUGAAGAGUCUGGAACAACUGAGAUCAUCAAGGAGAGGGGAUCUUCUGCUUCUGUGUCAGAGACUUCUUCUCUGGAAAUGGAUCUGGAGACUAGGGUGACUGAAACCAAGCUGCAUUUGGCAAAAGUGGAGAAAGAUUGCAGGAUUUGCCAUCUCAGUUUAGACCCAAGUAAUCAAGAAUAUGGUGUGCCUAUAGAGUUGGGUUGUUCCUGUAAGGAUGAUUUGGCUGCUGCUCAUAAACAGUGUGCUGAGGCAUGGUUCAAAAUUAAGGGAAACAGAACUUGUGAGAUUUGUGGAUCAACUGCUCAAAAUGUUGCUGCUGCAAAUGAGACGGACAUGAUGGAGCAGUGGAACGAGGCAAAUGAUUCCACACCAGCAGCAACAGUUCCUGUCACCAUUCAUGCUGCAGAAACCCGAAACUUCUGGCAGGGCCACCGGUUUCUAAAUUUCCUCCUGGCGUGCAUGGUCUUUGCCUUUGUAAUCUCUUGGCUCUUUCACUUCAAUGUACCAUCGUGAAAACCAAUAGUAAAGUUUGUGGCAGUGGUUUUAGAUGUGAUGAUCAAGAAGGUGGACAAGCCUCUUGAUUUAUGAUUGCGCUCCAACUCUCACCUAUCUAUGGUUGUUCCUUAAGCAUGCUGUUUAUAUUAGUAUCAGAGCUUGAACAACAUGUGUAACUUAUAUUUUGUUGGAUUUAAUUCACACAACAAGCAAUGUUAUUAACCUCUUUGUAAUUUAUAUUUGCAUUGCAGCAUCUUUACAGCAGUGCUGACUUCUCCUAUCCUUCAUACUUGUGCUUAAAUACGAAUCGGGAUAGGGUUUGUGUUGGAUCACUUCAUGUUAGAUAAUUGAA